GAGAGAAGAAGGCAACUGGGCGGCUGGUUUGGAGAGCUGGACUCACAAUGCAGACUACCUGGCCGGCUGUGACUUCAACAACAACUCCUGGCCCUUUUGCGACUGGACCCAGACCUGUGGCACUAACCAAGGCACCUGGAUACGCACCAAGCACGAUACCCCCACUCCUGGCACCGGCCCAAGUGGGGAUUAUCCAGAUGGAAGAGGCUACUUCAUCUACCAAGAGGCCAGCAACCUGAUCCCCUACGACCUCAACCGACUGGAGAGUCCGCAGCUGCUGAGCUCUGGGGAAAUCUGCAUCGACUUCCGCUAUCACAUGUUUGGCUCCGAGGACUUCAACCAGCUGCACGUCACCCUCCUGGAGGACCAGGACGAGACUACGGUGUGGAGCCAAAUGGGGAGCCAGAGCCCCGCGUGGCAGCAUGGACUCACCUCAGUCUACUUUGAGAGGGAGACUAGCUUCCAGGUGGCUUUUGAUGCCAUUCGGGGGUUGACGGAAUAUGGGGACACAGCCGUGGACAAUGUGGUGGUCAGGAGGGGACCUUGUG